GCUUGUAGCAUCGAGCAGCUGCUGACCCAAGCUGAGAGGAGCUGGUGUGUCGGCGUCACACUGCGUUGGACAGCAUGAAGGCUCUUUUAUUCACCUGUGUGCUGCUGCCGUGGCUGGUGGCGGCCUCAGCCAGACGGGCGGACCAGGACUCACAGCUCAUACCUGGAUCUCUACCUGGCCCAGAGCUCAGCGGAUACUUCACUGACCAUUUGAAGACCAGGAGGGCCAGGAGGGCGCUGCCUCCUGCUGAUGAACCUGAUGACAGCCCAGUGGCAGAGGGAGGAGACGCCUCUGACCUGCCCACCUGCCUGCUGUGUGUGUGUCUGACCGGGUCGGUGUACUGUGAGGACGUCAGUCCAGACAUGACUGCUAUCCCCACCCUGCCCAAAGAGACCGCCUACCUGUACGCCCGCUUCAACAAAAUCAAAAAGAUCCGCACCAAAGACUUUGCUGACAUCGUGACUCUAAAGAGGAUCGACCUGACGGGGAACAUGAUCUCAGAGAUUGAAGACGGGGCGUUCUCUAAGCUAACUCUGCUGGAGCAACUAUCUCUGGCUGAGAACAGACUGGUCAAACUUCCUAUGCUUCCUGCCAAACUCACAUCGUUCAACGCCAACUACAACCUCCUCAAAACCAAGGGUGUCAAAGCCAACGCCUUCAAGAAAUUGACCAAGCUGGCCAACUUGUACCUGGCUGACAACCAGCUAGAAGCCGUUCCACACAUCCCAGACAGUGUCCGGAUCUUACAUCUACAGAACAACAACAUCACUGACGUCACCGUAGACACUUUCUGCAGGUCCAACGACACCUACUACCUACGGCCGAGCCUCAGUGAGGUCCGUAUGGACGGCAACCCCGUGGUCCUGUCCAAGUACCCCGAUAGCUUCACCUGUAUGAAGGUACUGCCUUCCGGACGUUACCGCUGAGGAGGCAGAAACUUUACUGUAGCUUUGUUGUGGGAAAACUGCUCCAUCAGCAACAGAAUGCAAACAACUUGUGACAUUGUCAGGUCAAUAUUAAACUAUUCACUGGACUAAAAGGUGUAAAAACGAAAGAGUUUCUCUUCUCGGGUGGAGUACCAGACGUUUAAAACAUCUGUAGGAAGUUGCACACAAACAUUGCUGAGGAUCACAUCAGUCACAUUAAUUGGUGCAAAACCAAUAGAAGGGUUGUGAAAGCCUCAAUGUACUUCAAAUAGUUUGUCUGGCCACAUCUAAAAUCAGUGCCUCUACUAGUUUUGAAUAUCCUCACUGAAUCAUCAUAUUUCUCUCAAACAACUCUGUAUUUUGAGUCAUGUUGUAGUCUUGACACAUUGAAGUACAACAGUACAGACAAUUUCUCCACACAGGUAUUUAUGAUGUUACACUCUAAUGUUCAAAAGUAAAUUGAUGAAAGAGCCGGAGAAGGAAGUUCAAGCCCCGCCUACUUUAACACUUGGACAAUCAGUGUUUGUCACAUUGGCUGUUUUGUCCAACACUGCCUUUGAAUUUGCCAUUUGAAAGGGAAAUUCAGAUGUUUUUAAGAAAAAGACCACCUGUUGAAAACACACCAACUUUAACAGGUGACGUGAUGCCAGUAAAACUGAUGUAACCAAUAACAUUUAGUGGACGCAGCAACACCUCCAGGUGACAGUCCAAUGUAUUGUUUCAUUUUGACCUGACGCCAUACUACCUACAUGAAGGAAAUUACACAAACUACUUGUAACUUUGAACCAACACACACACACACACACACACACACACACAGACACACACAAACACACACACAAACACCAACAAUAGAAGGGUUGUGAAAGCCUCAAUGUACUUCAAAUAGUUUUUCUGAUAACAUCUAAAAUCAGUGUCUCUACUAGUUUUGAAUAUCCUCACUGAAAGCUAGAAAACAUAGAGGUUGCAUCAUAUGUCUCUCAAACAACUCUGUAUUUUGAGUCAUGUUGUCAUCUUGACACAUUCAAGUACAACAGCACAAACUUUCAGACAAUUUCUCCACAUGUAUUUAUGAUGUUACACUCUAAAGUUCAAAAGAAAUUGAUGAAAGAGCUGGAGAAGGAAGUUCAAACCCCGCCUACUUCCAGUUCCACACCUGGACAAUCAGCCGUUGCCACAUUGUCUGUUUUGGACAACAGAAUUUGUCCAACACAGCCUUUGAAUUUGCCAUUGGAAAGGGGAAUUCAGAUACAACUUUAACAGGUGACGUGAUGCCAGUAAAACUGAUGUAACCAAUAACAUUUAGUGGACGCAGCAACACCUCCAGGUGACAGUCCAAUGUAUUGUUUCAUUUUGACCUGACGCCAUACUACCUACAUGGAGGAAAUUACACAAACUACUUGUAACUUUGAACCAACACACACACACAAACACACACAAACACACACACACAGCCACACACACACACACACACACACACAGCCAACAAGCCAACAGGCUUGCUUAUAACUACCUGUACUUAUUACUUUAAAAUACAAUAUGUCAAUGUUUUCACACGCUUUGUGAAACAAAUUCUAUAAUAGGAGCAUUUUGUUACUGUAAGCAAAUAUUUUGAUUCAAGUACAAGUGUAAAACAUCUCAUUUUUAGGGUUUUACAUUGAAUUAAUUACCAAAAUGUUUGCAGAAUACUUCCACAAAAUAUCAAACAGGUGCUUUUUUAUGGACCCACAUGUAUUUUUAGCCUGCGAAGCUCAUUGUGGAUCAUCAGGAAUUUUAUUUGGCUGGACGCUCAUGAAA